AUGCGCUCAGAUCUCGAAGAUUUAGCCUGUAUAGUCAAUAUUCAUAGGCGAGAUGAGAUGGCCCCCGGAUGCCGAGUCCCGUCUAGAUCUUCGAUCUGGCCCGCUUGUGGGUCCUUAUCCAGAUAUUUUGAUCUGGCCCGCUUGCGGGUAGUAACAUCUCAAAGCUGGGGUUACGCGAGCCUGGGCGCCAAGUGA